AUGUUUACCUUCAUUUCUCCGAAUACACUUUCAACAUCUCACGUAAUGAAUAACAACAAUUCCCUUCCUUCUCAACAGUAUUACUCUCAAGAAGUGUCAGAGCUGUCAAUGGAUAACUCCCAGCAACAACACGUUCCCUCACCACAAUCUCAACAGCUGGAUUCCGCGAAUUUUGCUAAUCAGUUGAUAAAGAUCGAACAUGAGUCUCAAUCUGGUGAUAAUACCUCUGCAGUAACAAAGGAGACUGAUACAAAGAAGAAGAGAGCAGGUCCUAAAAGAAGAAAAGUCACCCACGAGUUUAACUGCGAUCCUAAACAAGGUCGCCCUUGUCAACGUUGCAUAAAAAGAAGCAUAGGACAUCUUUGUCACGAUGAACCAAAAGGUUCUCACGGUCCUCAACAAAUUGGUGGCGGAAAUAAUGCUGUGCCGGCUAAUCUUAUAACAAUGCAAUCUGUUCCUCAAGUUUUGAGAACGACAAAUAAUUACCCCAACUUUCAAGAUUUCUCACAGCUUACGUAUACACCGUUACCUACUCCUCUUACCUUUGCCAGCGAACAUACGGGUCAUGAAUUCACCGUGCUUACUAAUUUUUUGGAGAGUGUGGAUGGUAGUCAACAGAGUCAUCAUAAUAACGACGGACUGACGGCAGAUACCACCGACAAGUUUUUUUUAACCGCAGCCGAUCCAUCAGAUGGUACAUCUGAAGACCGAUUGACCCAGGUUAUUAACGCAAAGUUUGAAGCUGGAUUCUUGAAACCAUAUAAUUACGUCAAUGGAUACUAUCGCUUAUCACAAUAUAUGGACAAUCAUAUGUCUAAUCUAAGUAGACAACGAAUUUUGAGCUCACUGAGUAUUUUCCGCCCUUCCUUCCGUAACGUUGCACAAACAUUGACGGACGUGGAUCUAGUUAUGGUUGAAGGAGUAUUUGAACGUCUUUUAUUGGAUUAUGAUAGGGUAUUUAGCUCUAUGGGUAUUCCGGCAUGCCUAUGGCGCAGAACGGGAGAAAUAUAUAAGGGCAACAAAGAAUUCGCUUCUCUUGUAGGUGUGCCAGUUGAGAUGCUAAGAGAAGGACGCCUAUGUAUAUAUGAGUUGAUGAUGGAAGAAUCGGCUGUAAAUUAUUGGGAGAAAUAUGGAAAUAUAGCUUUCGAUGCAGGCCAAAAGGCUGUAUUAACAUCAUGUUUGUUGAAGGGACCAGAUCAAGACCCUCAAAAUGUUACAUCAUACCGGUAUGUCAUAGUUGUAUUUUGGUCUGCCAUUAUCGGAAAUUUUCUUCCGAUUCGACUCGCGGCGUAA